GCAAUGAAUCCCUACGUCAACUGCUCUGGCCCCGAGUUUUCCCUGUCCCAGCAAGACCUUCCCAUGGAGCCUCUCAGCCCUGAUCUCUGCAACAGGACUCACCCAGAGAUCUUGUUUGACCCCAAGGAUGCCAACCUGACAGAGGAGCAGCUGCGGGACAAGUACCUGGGACCUCGACGGUCCAGCUUCUUUGUCCCAGUGUGUGUCAUCUACCUGUUGAUCUUCGUGGUGGGGGCUCUGGGCAACAUACUCACCUGCAUUGUCAUCCUCCGGCACCGGUUCAUGAGGACGCCUACCAACUACUACCUCUUCAGCCUGGCCAUGUCUGACCUGCUGGUGCUGCUUCUGGGGAUGCCACUGGAACUGUACGACAUGUGGAGCAACUACCCCUUCCUGUUGGGCGCCAGCGGCUGCUAUUUCAAGACACUGCUCUUCGAGGCUGUCUGCUUCGCCUCCAUCCUCAAUGUCACGGCCCUGAGUGUGGAGCGCUACAUCGCUGUGGUGCAUCCGCUCAAGGCCAAGUAUGUGGUGACCAGGAACCAUGCCAAGAGGGUCAUCAUCACCAUCUGGGUCUUGUCUGUCAUCUGCUCCAUCCCCAACACCAGCCUCCAUGGGCUGCAGCCUCUCUAUGUGCCAGGACGGGGGCGAGUGCCUGAUUCGGAGAUCUGCACCCUGGUGAAGCCACGCUUGACCUACAACCUCAUCAUCCAGAUUACCACCAUCGUCUUCUUCUUUCUGCCCAUGGGGACCAUCAGCAUCCUCUACCUGCUCAUUGGCCUGCAGCUCAAGAAAGAAAAGAUGCUGGAGGCCUUGGGAGCCAAGUCUGGUGGCAGCCAUGACUGCCACAACACCCAGGGACAGAAGAAAGUCAAGAGGAGGCAGGUCACGAAGAUGCUGUUUGUGCUCGUGGUGGUGUUUGGGAUCUGCUGGGCCCCCUUCCACACUGACCGCCUUGUCUGGAGCUUCAUCUCCACCUGGACCAGCCAUAUGCUCCAUAUGUUCCAGUAUGUCCACAUCAUCUCUGGUGUCUUCUUCUACCUGAGCUCAGCUGCCAACCCCAUCCUCUACAACCUGAUGUCCACCCGCUUCCGGGAGAUGUUCAAGGAGGUGAUGUGCCACCCCAGCCACCGUGUGCUGUGGUCACAGAAAUACUCUCCCAGCAUCACCCACGCCACCACCCGCAGCACCGAAUGUGAGCCCAUGCCCAGUGCCAAUGGGCUGCCCCUCUCUGAUGCUGAGGAGUAUGAGCUGGAGGAGGUGGAGAGAGGCCAGCCUACCACCCAUGCAACGUCCCUCUGCUGAAGAGUGUAAGGAUGUAGGGGAGCUAUGACCAGCUUUCCUCCGCACCAGCAUCCAUCUGACUGUGGCACCCAUCCGGUGGUGGGGAGCGGGGUAGGAGCCAUGCAGGGGUCCCCACCUCUCUGUGCCACCCCCCUGGUAUGUGAAGGCUGGUUUUCUCAGCAGUGCUGCUUCAGGACAUGGCAAUGGUGGCUACACUGUGCCCUGGAUGUGUUGCACCCACUGCAUUCAGCACCAGGGCUGGUUAAAGCCAGGGCAUCACCGGUGGUGUGGGAAUGACUGGUUUCUAUAGCAGGGAUAUGCCAGCAAUCCCCAAAUCAUCCCAUCCCUCUCAGCCCACUGAGGUGAACCCAUGGGUGCAGGUGUAGAGGGUGUCAGGCACCCCAGGCUGUUUUGGGACACCAUGCUGGAUAGGACCCCCAAGAUGCACUUGUGCUCAGGCUGACAUUCAUGGAGGUGGGAGAGAUUUGCACGGGAAGGAGUGGGUUAAAAGUGGUCUGUGGGUACCUUUUCCCCCCAAGCCUCCUCAGGGCUCACCGGCACUGAUGCACCCCUGAUUUCUUGCACUUCAGUGGUGCCAACCGGUGUCUGCAGCAUGCCAGUACAGUUCCCUGCUCCCAGCCUUCCUCUGGCCUCUCAUC